AUUUUUUCCUCUCUUUUAUAGGAAGCAGCAAAAUAUUUACUGAAUAGAUCUAAAUCUGGAGUCCCAAUGAACUUAAAGAAAUUGGCACGGGGUUCUUAGUUGUUCUCCGCCUGUACACACCAAACACUUCACCACAACGCCAGUGCCAGGCUUUCUCUGCUUUCAUGAAGACGAGUAAAACUCUGAGGAUGAAGAAGCAGAAAACCACAAUUACUUGCAUAAAUAUCUCCUAAAGUCAACUGAAAAGUGAGCCAGCCAUGGAAAAAAACUCAAGUUUAUGGAAGAACCUCGUCGAUGAACACCCAGUCUGCAUCACCUGGAAGCAAGAUGCCGAAGUGGCCAUUUAUCACCUCGCCAGUAUUUUCUUUGUAGUAGGUUUCAUGGGCGGAAGUGGAUUCUUCGGGCUCCUUUAUAUCUUCAGUCUGCUGGGGUUGGGUUUUCUCUGCUCUGCUGUGUGGGCUUGGGUAGAAGUUUGUGCGGCCGACAUAUUCUCCUGGAAUUUCAUACUGUUUGUCAUUUGCUUCAUGCAAUUUGUGCACAUUGCCUAUCAAUUCCGCAGCAUAACCUUCGCCCGAGAAUUCCAGGUGCUGUACAGCUCCCUCUUCCAGCCUCUGGGGAUCACUUUGCCCGUCUUCAGAACCAUUGCUCUGAGCUCUGAGGUGGUAACAUUGGAAAAAGAGCACUGUUACGCCAUGCAGGGGAAAACGCCCAUUGAUAAGCUCUCGCUGCUUGUUUCUGGAAGGAUCAGAGUGACAGUUGAUGGCGAAUUCCUGCAUUACAUCUUCCCCUUUCAGUUCUUGGAUUCUCCGGAGUGGGACUCGCUGAGACCCACAGAGGAAGGCACUUUUCAGGUAACCCUAACAGCGGAAACGGAUUGCCGCUACGUGUCCUGGAGGAGAAAAAAAUUAUAUUUGCUGUUUGCCCAGCAUCGUUACAUCUCCCGCCUGUUUUCAGUGUUAAUUGGUAGUGACAUUGCAGAUAAACUCUACGCUUUGAAUGACAGAGUGUAUGUAGGAAAAAGUUAUCACUACGAUAUCCGGCUACCCAACUUCUAUCAAAUAUCAAGUCCAGAAAUACCAAGAUCACCCAUGACUGAACAUUUUCGGAAUUCCAGACAAUAUUAUGAUAAAUGAUGUAGAAACCUGAAGUUUUAUAAUUAUACAAGAGACUCCUGAUCAUUCCCCAAAUGAAAUAGCAAAAUAUAGAAAAUUGUGCUCAUGAAUAUUUUUCUAGAUCAAACUCAAAGGCAAGACACCAUUGCCAGCUGUUUUUUUCAUCUCAACUUCCUCAUUGUGAAUAAAUUUUACAAAAAUG